UCACGUGCGCUAAAAAGAGCAUAUAAAUACCAGCAGUACCUCUAUUCGUAUAAACUGGAUGAGCAAUUGAGCAAGGUGGUCACUCAUUUCUAGCCCUCUCGGCUCUCUUCGUGGUCAACGAUUUUCGUCGGAAACCUAAUUCUGUCGUCUACAUUCGUGAGUGAGUGAUGGAACAGCACUUGCGAGGUUCUCAGUCGCCGAUCGACGUCUUCAAGUACCGCCGUCGUCAACUGUCGCCGCUUGCGCCCCUGCAGAAUCUGAUCGCGCCGCAGCCGGGUGACGGCGUUUCGGUUGCCGGAAGCUACGGCUCCAAAGGCCAGUUUGUGCAUGGUAAAGAAAAUCUGCAUCCAACUUCUUUCCCUGCCAAGAACCAAUCCGAGGCACAGAUGUGCAAGUCUACAACUAGCUCAGGAUUAUGCACACCCAGCCCAAAGUCCCACGUCGCCCAUCAGGUCAUGGCGUCAGCUGUUACAGAAGCAGCAGCAGCAGCGUUAACCUCAUCGCCAAAGCCAAAUAACACCAGCGAGUUACUGUCAUCAGCUGCAAGGACUGGUCACCCCAAGAUGAUGGCAUUGAGGUUAUCUUGCCGCCAACUGAAUUACCUUCAUCGAACGAAGAUGUGGAUGCAUCCAGCACUGCUGGGUUGAGUCUUGUCUAUGGUCCUACUACAAGAAGGAGAUUGCCACUGUUUACUGAAAUUUGCCCAGAGUAGUGAUUCUGAUGUGUAUAGUCUAGAGAACCUCGAUUUCAGACAAAAUAUAUACCGCACUGCAUAUUCGUCCUGUUAGAUUCGGGUUAUAACAUUACAUAAGACAAAAGGUAUAAUGUAGAUUCGUCAUGCUGCUCAUAUUCUAGUGUAUUGAUUGGGAUUAAAUUGAGGAAAACUCGUUGCCAACUAUACUUGUAGAGGUUUUGUUGAUGCUCUGUUAUGGUGUAUAAUAUCUGAAUGGUAUUGCAUUCGAUGGUGCUUGAAAAUUAAAAGGACAGUGGAUUUAUGGUGUA